CCUUUUUUUUUUUCUUCCCUGAAGCAACGCCGUCGGCUGAGGAGUUCGGAGACGCGCACGCCAAUCUGCCACCACCGAGAUUCACACGGAAACUAGCCAGUCAUCUAGACCCAGAUCUCUCUCGCUCGCUCACCGGGCCGCGCCAAUGGCAUCCGCCGGCGCCGAUGAGGCCUCUGCGGCGGCGCAGCCCAGGGCCGCCAUCACGCACGUCAUCUUCGAUAUGGACGGCCUCCUCCUCGGUAUCCUCUCUCUUUUCCUCCUCUGUUUCCUGGAUUCAAAGCGAGUCUUGUCUCCCGAUUCUACGGGACUUGCGCUGGUUCUGAGUGCGUCUGGUGGUGUUGCAGACACGGAGGGCUUCUACACGGAGGUGCAGGAGAAGAUCCUCGCCAGGUACGGCAAGGUCUUCGACUGGUCCCUCAAGGCGAAGAUGAUGGGCAAGAAGGCCGCCGAGUCGGCGCGCAUCUUCGUCGACGAGUGCGGCCUCGACGGGCUGCUGACACCCGAGCAGUUCCUCGAGGAGCGCGAGAGCAUGCUCCAGGCGCUCUUCCCAUCCUGCACAAAGCUGCCAGGGGUACUACGUUUGAUCCAUCAUCUUCAUGCGAAUGGAAUACCAAUGGCUGUUGCAACAGGAUCCCAUAAACGUCAUUUUGCACUGAAGACACAGAACCACCAGGAAAUGUUCUCCCUGAUGCAUCAUGUUGUCAUGGGGGAUGAUCCGGAGGUGAAGGCUGGCAAGCCAUCUCCUGAUAUUUUCCUCACUGCUAUGAGGAGGUUUGAGGGCAAUGUAGAACCCAGUAAAUGCUUGGUUUUUGAAGAUGCGCCAUCCGGUGUAGCAGCAGCGAAAAAUGCUGGAAUGUCUGCGGUGAUGGUUCCAGAUCCGAGGCUUGAUGUUUCAUACCACAAAGGAGCUGACCAAGUUCUUAGUUCAUUGUUGGACUUUAAACCCAGCGAAUGGGGCUUGCCGCCUUUUAAUGAGUAGACAAAUUUUGUAUAAUGAGAGAACUCAGUGAAGGACGUGAGAAAUUCAAGCACUGAAAGCGUUAAGAUGUUGCUCAUUGAUUUGUCUUAGGCCUUGGGCCAUAGUAACAAUUUGAGGAUUCUUGUUGCCUCUUAUUCAAUGAAGAUCGUAUGACAGUAAUACAGAUGUGUUCAUGUA